GGCAGGAUAUAAAGAGAAGAUGUCAUUUUGAAAUCAUGCAUCCGCACCAAUCUUUUCUCUCUGUCCUACUUCCCCUAGCCUUUUCGACAUGCAUAUCAACCGACUGCCUUGCGAAAUAUUCCUCCGUGCUGUAGACAUAGCAGUUAAUGGCGACCAGCCAGCUCCGGCAAACAACUACGGCCUAGACUGUGCCGUCAAUAUCGCGGGCGUGUGCCGCCUUUGGAAGGCUCUUCUGCCAAAGAGACUUACCGAUACAGCGACCAUUGAGCGUGCCAAAAUUGGUGAGUGCGAAAGGGGAGGCAGACACAGGAUUUUGUGGAAGUCGAACCUAAAUACCUUCAUCUUACUGGAAAGGACCGAAGACGUCAGGAACCUUGUUGUAAUACUCGACGACAAGUGCUGCUGUUCGCCUCAUAUAUUCGAGAUGCUGGAGCUCUUCCAUUUCAGCCGGUUUGUGUGGGGAGGCAUUCGUUCACUAAAGUUUGUUGGUCUCGGGGUUUUCUGCUAUGCCCCAGGGCAGCAGGACCCUGACGCUGGCGCCAAAGCAAAGGCAUCCGCUGACCUUCUCAUCCAGCGUUUUCCCAGACUCAACUCGCUAAGUUACAAUAUCUCAUGCAAUGACUCGCUCGCCUGGACACUAGACCACCGUGGAUAUUUGCCACUCAACCCGUUAUUUAAAACAGUGCACGAUGCGCUGUUGGGCAAGCUCACCUUCAUAAUGGGUGCAUAUCCAGCCGUUCUGCCUCCUGCCUUGACGUUUGAAGUCCCACUCACAUCUCUGUUAAUUAGAGACGACUACUUGCGGACUCUGCCGUACAUCCCCAGGUUUCCUACCGUGGCCUUGCGUAAGCUAUGGAUGCUUUGCAGUGCAGACGGAUUUCCUUGGGACAUGUUCAUCACAAUGAACAAAAACACAAUCGACUUUCCCCAACUCCACUUUCUGUAUAUCUGUUUUGGACACACCCCACAGUCAUCCAGUCUAAAAAUGGCUGCACACGGCGGACUCGAUAUCCGAUUCCCAAAGCUGACACGGGUGGAGAUUAGCGACGCUCUAAGAGUGUACCAUGACCCACUCGCUCUUUUUCAUAGUGCCCCACUCCACACCUUGCUUCUUGCUGAUGACCUGGCCGCACUCCAGCGUGUGAACACUGGCUUCCUGCGAAAUAUCAGGCAGCUUGUGUUUGCGGCCAUGUCUGGCGCCGAUAGUGCCACCAAGCUUCCGCGUGAGGCUAUUGCGCGAUUCUACACAGCGAAAUCUGGCGUUGAGAUUGCAUAUAUGAUGGGGAACCUGCUGCCUCCACCAAAGGAAAUUGCAUGGGCUGCCCUUGGUCGCCUUGUUUUGAAUCUGGUACCUAGCGAACUACACAGGGUUGGGCGAGUAAUCGCCCAGCUGCCCUGCCUUUGGCAUUUGCGUAUUCUUCACUCUAGCUUUGUCCAAUCUGGGAAGGUCCCGUACACCUGGGAGGAAGAAAACGACCAUAUAUCAGCGAUAGAUAUCCACAGCGUACAAGAGUCGGAUAGCCAGGCAUUAGAUAACGGAACACUCGCUCCACUCGUGCUGGUCGGUAUGCAAGCAAGGGUACUACCGUGUGCCUGCAAAGAUGGGUUGCCUCCACUUAGCACCAGGCUGCAGAUCCUCGAGAUAGCAACAAGAAGCCAACAGGCCCCAGAGACGAUAUGUGACCUAAUGCGGCAGUUGCCAUCAUUGGAAAAGCUUGUGGUCUCCGAUGUAUACGUGUCUACUGUUAGCUCCAUUGCAGAUAGCGAAGGACACAGCGUGAGUGUUGUUGGAUGGAGCAGCUAUAAGGGCAGUGUCGUAGUGAGCCUUGUCUAAUACUCACCGCCCCUCUCGACGCCAUCAUCAUAAUAGUAGCAAAGGCCAAAUAUGUGACAUAAAUACUUGUUUGCACAAUGGUAACCACAGUGAAUACUAAUAGUCCUGGUACAUCCUCAGCUCCUGCUCGGUCGCCU